AUGGCGGUUGCGAUGCGGUUGGCGGCCAAAUUUAACUCCUACUAUGCGGAGAAGCCGGUAUUGACUACUAUGGUCACCAAUGCGGUCCUUGGUGGAGUCGCGGAUACCGUCGCACAACUGAUCACCGCGUUUAAAUCUCGGCCAAGCCGACGAGAUUUUGAUACUGGUGAUCUAAUCUCAAUCGAGAUCCAUGACCUUGACAAGGAGAAACCGCCAGCCCUUGGGGAGCUAGGCCAUGCGAGACACUUGCCUCCGCCUUUCGAUUUUGAGCGACUGACCCGUUUCAUGUCAUAUGGUUUCUUCAUGGCGCCGAUCCAGUUCCAAUGGUUUGGAUUUUUGUCACGGACAUUCCCUCUUACUAAGAAGAAUCCAACCAUCCCGGCCUUGAAACGGGUUGCUGUGGAUCAAUUCAUCUUCGCGCCUUUCGGUCUGGUGUGCUUCUUCACCUUCAUGACACUGGCUGAAGGUGGAGGCCGAAGAGCCUUGACUCGCAAAUUUCAGGACGUCUAUCUGCCUACCCUCAAGGCUAAUUUCGUCCUCUGGCCAGCUGUGCAGAUUCUGAACUUCCGCGUCGUCCCAAUUCAAUUCCAAAUUCCUUUUGUAUCCUCAAUUGGUAUCGCUUGGACUGCAUACUUGUCUCUGACCAAUUCUACGGAGGAGGACUGA